AUGCAAAAUGUCUGUUGGCUUGUGUUUGUGACGCUGAUGCUGAUGUUUGACGCUCACAGAGCUCAGGAGUGUGAGGAGAUGACGGACCUGGAUCUGAAGCACUCUCUGUCUGGGACGUCUCUGAGCGUGAGGCUCCUGCUCUACACUCGGGUCAAUGUGUCCUGCGCUCAGCUGCUGUCCCAUCGAGAGCCCUUCAGAAACCCUCGCUUCAACCUCAGCUCCCCGAGCACCUUCCUCAUCCACGGCUACCGGCCCACCGGCUCGCCUCCCGUCUGGCUCACUCAGUUCGUGCAGCUCCUCCUGCAGCGCCGCGACAUGAACGUGAUCGUGGUGGACUGGAACCGCGGAGCCACCAACAUAAACUACUGGAAAGUGGUGGACAACACACGCAAGGUGGCCGCGAACCUCACCGACCUCAUCCAGAAGAUGAAGGAGAAAGGGGCUGAUCUCGGCUCCAUACACAUGAUCGGUGUCAGUUUAGGGGCCCACAUCUCGGGUUUCACUGGGGCCAAUUUUAAAGGAAGCAUUGGCAGAAUAACAGCACUGGAUCCGGCGGGGCCCGAGUUUAACGGUCAGCCCCCCAGCGAGCGUCUCGACCCGUCUGAUGCCCAGUUCGUGGAGGCGCUGCACACAGACAUGGACGCGCUGGGCUAUCGUGAUGUCCUGGGUCACAUCGACUAUUACGCAAACGGUGGAGCGGAUCAGCCUGGAUGCCCCAGAACCAUCUUUUCAGAGUUCGGUUACAAGGUUGAUAUUAUCACAUGGAACCAGAAGACACACUGGGGAUAUUUAACGAUUAAAUUAAGCGAUGGACAGGAAGAGGCGCAAGUUGAGCUCAAUCAUAAAUCCCUGAUGUUUGAGAGGUUUGUGGAGAGCAGCGUUCUGGCUCAGUUUGACCGAGACGUCCAGCCUGUGAAAGAGAUCUCACUCAAGUUCUGUACGGGGAAAGGACUCCGGCCGAGCAAGAAACUGCGGCUCCUGCGCAUCCGCCUCACUCCUCUACAGAACCACCUCAGCGGGCCUCUGUGUCGCUAUGAUCUUCUGCUGGAGGAAAAUAAAGAGGUGACGUUCAGACCGAUUCCCUGUGAAGACUCGAACUUCUGAUCCAGACACCGCUGUCCUUUUCUCUCGGGUCAGCGUCAGUGCUGUCUUUCAGAGUCCCUUCAGAAAUCUCAUUUACAGCUUGUUGUUUGGUUUUCUUAAAGAAAGUGUUGCUGUACCUUCGUGGUUUUUAUGUAAUGUAAAUAAAUAUUUUUGUAAAUAUUUAUUUGUCUUGUUUUUGCCUCGGUGAUAUUUAUGGUAUUGCUUUAGUUUUCUUUGUUUUAAAGUAUAGUUUUUUUCUUAGAGGACACUUUUUUUACAUCUUAUGCCUCACGUCUUGCCUUUCCGCUCACUGCAUAUAAAAAUGAAAUUGUGAUGUAAUCAUACAUGUAU